ACCCCAGGCCAGUCCCCAUUUCGGUGCAAGCAAAGCCUCCGCUCACGGACCAGGGGGGAAGCCCCAGGGGCACCUUCGUCAUUUACUCUCUUGGCGGGUGGCUUCCCGUUAUGGUAGUCGCCGUUCAAAACCCCCCGUCUGGGCAAAACCGAUAACUGAUAGAACCACCCCCGCUUUUCCCACUUUCCACCUUACGUUUCGGCGAGCCACGUGGGACAGAGGGCGUGCGGUCGUCGAAAUUACGGGGUGAAUCUAUGAGAGCCCUCCCCCCCGUUACGUGGGAGCGCCGGCAUAUCGCCACCGCAUUAAAACCGCACUCGCUCGCUUUAUUUCCUUCUUCGCCUUCUUUUGAUUGAUUGCGCUCCGCUCUCUCUCUCUCUCUCUCUAUCUCUCUCGCUCACUCCCUUUCGCUCUCUCGUCUCGCUCUUGCUCUGGCUGUCGCUGUCCUUCCUCGCCCUCCGGCGUAGCGGUCUUCCGUACCGGUUUUUUUAGCUUGUAGCGGUUUUCUGUGCAGGGUUUAAAGAGAGAGGAGGAGCGGAGAGAGGGGUUUAGGAUCUCUUGGGGUUGCGAGGAUGGAGGGGGGCGGCCGGGGGAAUCUUCUAGAUCCGGCGGCGGCGGAGUUCCACCCGACAGCGGCAACGGCGGGCCAGCUCGCCCUUGGACACCCGCAAAUUUACUACGCCUACGCUCCUCCUCCGCCGCCGCCGCCGCAUCCGCCGGUUGUGGCGGUCCCGGUGUUCCACCUCCAGCAGCCGCAGCAGGUGGAGGUGGCCGCCGCGACGAGGGCGGUGGCGCUGAGCAUGGUGCCCCGGCACGUGGGGGAGGCGGAGGUGAGGGCGGGGAUGGAGGCCUUCGGCGGGGUUCGGGCGGUGGAGAUGGGCGCGCUGGCGGCGGAGGGGGUCGUCAUCGUCCACUUCUUCGACCUGCGGAGCGCGGAGGCGGCGGUGGCGGAGGUUCGGGAACAGCACGCGCGGCAGCACGGCGGGAUCGGGUUCGGCGCCCCGGCCGGCUCCGCCGCAGCGGGGAAUUGGGCGGCGCCGUGGAUGUGGUGCCCUCAGCAGCCCGGCGGCGGCCGGGGGACGAUAGCUGGGCAGCCCGUCUGGGCCCAGUUCGCCGCCGUCGGCCUCGACGACCCCAACCAGGGUUCCCUCGUCGUCCUCAAUUCGGAUACCACCAUUCCCUUGCUCGCACUCAGAGAAAUCUUCGAACCCUUGGGGGCGGUGAAGGAGGCGAGGGAGAUGCCGUCGAAGCCGCAGCACAGGGUAGUGGAGUUCUUCGACACGAGGGACGCAGCUCGCGCCAUCGCGGAGCUCAACGGGAAGGAGAUCAACGGAAGGCGUCUGCUGCUGGAAUUUAGCAGACACGGCAGCAGCCACACCAGGAGCCAUACAAGGAGCAGUCCCGGGCACGCCCAUGGCCACCACGGUUCCCCUUUGCCGCCGAGGUUUCUUCGCGGUAGUCCCCAGCCCAGCAGGUGGGCACAGGCAAGUGGAGCUUCGCCGAGAUCUUCCUCGUCCUCGCUCCGCGGGGAGUCAAGCCCGGGAUCCGUGGUGGUGCUGAAGAGGACCAAUACCACUACAACUCCUGCCGCCGUUGCCAGAAGUGGUAGUAGCAGUGGGAGGAGAAAUAAGAACAGCAGCAGCUCCAACUACCCGGCAGCGUCAUCGUCGUCAUCGAAGCAGCAGCAGCAGCAGCAGCGGCAGUCGAGCGGUGGCGGGGGCAGCGGCAGCGGCAGGCGGAGUUGGAAGAACCGAAGCAAGAGUAGCGGCGAGUCGAGGUUUCUCUUCAAAGAAGCGGAAUCGGAGGAAUCAUCCGAAUCCUCAUGUAGGGAUUCCAGAACCACAGUCAUGAUUAAGAACAUCCCAAACAAGUACAGUCAGAAGCUGCUGUUGAACAUGUUGGACAACCACUGCAUUCAGUGCAAUGAGCAGCUCGGCGAGGGAGCAGACGAGCCCUACUCCGCCUACGACUUCGUCUACCUGCCUAUCGACUUCAACAACAAGUGCAAUGUUGGCUAUGGAUUCGUGAACCUGACGUCGCCGGAGGCCGCGUUCAGGCUCUACAAGGCCUUCCACCUGCAGCCGUGGGAAGUCUUCAACUCGCGCAAGAUCUGCCAGGUUACCUACGCUCGGUUGCAGGGAUUGGAGGCGCUCAAGGAGCACUUCAGGAACUCCAAGUUCGCGUGCGACAACGACGAGUACAUGCCGGUGGUCUUCUCGCCGCCCCGCGACGGGCGGCGGCUCACGGAGCCCGUCCCGGUCGUGGUCGGGCGCGAGCAGCGUAUGGUGGACCUCGCCCGGGCGCAGUCCGGGUGCACCAGCCUCACCGACGAGACUGCGUCGCAGCAGGCAGCGGACAGCGGCGGGGCGUCCUCCACCACCACCUCCACCCACGCGCCAUCCGACAACCCCGACGGCGGAGACGACGACGACGACGACGACGACGACAGUAAUGAUGACGAGGAGGUUGGCCUAGGCAUGGGCCGCCGAGGGGACGACGGUAGCGGCGGCGACGAGACUGGCCUUCAACUGAGCCAAUCUGUGCUGCACCUAUCCUGCAACUAGAAAGAAGACUCCAGAAAACCAUACCGGUCGAGUCGGCCAAUCCCAUCCCGAGUCUUGCAGCCAUGUAUUCUCUCUCUCUCUCUUUCUCUCUCUGAUACCUUUGAGAUUAAGCUUGGGAUGGUAGCGCAUAUAUCUGAGUGUAUUCGAGACAUUGAUGAUGAUGAUGAUGAUGUUGUUGUUGUGGUUGUUGU